AUGAAUAAUUUAGUUACUUAAACACUUAUUGAAUUAUAUAAUUAUAAUAAACUGCAAUACUAAAUGAAUUUUAAUAAAUAUCUGCUUUAAUUACCUAAAUUAACACCAAUAACGAUGGAUGACAGUUAUAGAUAGCUUGGAAUUAUAAAAAAUAAAAGUCCAUUUAGAAUAGAAAACAGAGAUUUAUUUUACUUAAUGAACAAAAGCUAAUUUGAAAGUUUAUAUUCGAAUCCAAAAAAGUUAAAAACAGAAAAAUAAUAGUCUCUUCGGAAUCAUUCAUUUAGAAUGCACUCGUGUGUAAAUGAAAAGGGUAAAGAAGCUCAUCAUCACUCCUUUGUUGAAUAUAAUUAAUAGCACUAAAAAUAAUGGGAAAAAAAAAAAAACACUAUGGUAGCAAGAAGUCUUUAAAAACCUGAAUUUAGGAACAAAUCAGAAACCUUAUGUUUAGAUUAAAAAAACUAACCUGAAUCAAUUCAAAAAAUGUAAAACAGGAAAUUAUUAAGAAAUCCAAAAAUUAUGUUAAAAGAAUUAUGGGAUGAAAAUUAUGGAUAAUGA